CCGGCCUAUUUGAUCGACUUCCAGAUUCCCUUCCUUCAAUGGCUCCCUGAAGUUAUCUCAACUGGACAGAAAGGCGACUACUCUCUUUCCCCGUUUCUCUGGACCUUGGAUACCUUGACUUUGACUUGACCACCGUCCCGCCACCCGGAUUUUGGACCCCAGGAUUUAUAUCAACGAUCCCUUACUGUGUCUCUGCCUCCUUCGCCCUUCACUUUACUUUGACAGAGACUCGUGUGUGUCUAACACCAGUCUCUUCAACCUCCCGUCCUCAUGCUCAUGCUUCCCCCUUCCCCCGUCUACGGCAUGUAUCCCCCCAUGCUGCCCACUCCGCCCCCCACUCCGCCCGCGCGCUGCUAUGCUCCGGAAGACCGCUUGGGACUGCUCCUGGCCAACCGGCUGGAGCUCACCAGCAUCCUGGGUGUAGGCGCCUAUGGUGUGGUCUACACGGCCGUCGACAUUCAUACCAAUGUCCUGUAUGCUGUCAAGGCCCUCAACAAGUCCGGACUGGAUGCUCGUCAGCUCAAGUUCCAGCAGCGGGAGAUCAAGCUACACCAUAUGGCCAGCCAGCACCCCAACGUGGUCUCCCUGGUACGCAUCAUGGACUCGGUGGACUGCACCUACGUGGUCAUCGAGUUCUGCCCCGAGGGUGACCUGUUCUCCAGCAUUACCGAGAAGGGCAACUUCGUGGGCAACGACUUGCUGGUCAAGCGCGUGUUCCUGCAAAUCCUGGAUGCCGUCCACUUCUGCCACUCGAUUGGAAUCUACCACCGGGACCUGAAGCCGGAGAACAUCCUGGUGACAGAGCAGGGCCUGACGGUCAAGCUGGCGGACUUCGGUCUGGCGACCACCGACUAUCUGACAUCCGACUUUGGUUGCGGGUCAACCUUCUACAUGUCUCCAGAAUGCCAGCAACCAAGUUCGCGAUCGGUGACGUGCUACGAAUCAGCGCCUAACGAUGUGUGGAGUCUCGGGGUCAUUCUGGUAAACCUGACGACCGGCCGCAACCCGUGGAAACGGGCCUCGAUUGAGGACUCGACGUUCCGCGCAUAUCUCAAGGAUCCGUACUUUCUCAAGUCCAUCCUGCCCCUGUCCGAUGAAAUGAUUUGUAUCCUAAGCCGUAUCUUUGAGUGCGACCCUUCCAAGCGGAUUACCAUCCCGGAGCUCCGCCAGGUGAUCAUGGAUUGCCCGCGGUUCACCAUGAACCCUGUUAUCCCCUGGGCCAGCGGACCCGUUGACUAUCUCAACCCCGUGUCCGGGCCCGUGGACACGUUCAACACGCAAUCUUCCGUUUCCUCUGGAUCCUCUCAGUACUCCGACUUCUCGAACUCAGUGGUCUCCAGUGCUUCAUCCUACACGGAAGGCUAUCCCGACAUGGACAGUGUCUCGUCGAUGUCUUCUGUGGGAUUCGAGACUGAAGACUGCAAGGACUUCUACCCUACGGACCCGAUCCAGGCGCCUGAGGGACACGUCAUUCCUUUCAGUUUGAUUCCUGUUUAUUGAAUCAUCCAAAAACAAAAACAAAAGCACUUUACGCAGGUCACGAUUAACGGCAUUUGACAUCCGUCUCUACUGGGUCACUGUUCGA